UCCUGGUUGGCUCCCCGGAAACGAGAAGACGAAGACAGCGGAUGUGACGUCGUCGUGUUUACACCGUUCUGUUGUUGAGUUGCAGUACAUCCUACAUCCCUGUUUGAGAGUGAACGAGAGCUAAAGCGGAUAUGAUAUAACUUCUCUUUCACAUAUUCACUACAGCCUGUCGUGUUUCAAUGGGCGGUCACGGUGUUCUGGGUAACGAGCCGGAGUCCAUCGACUACUCGGUGCAUGAAGCCUGGAACGAGGCCACCAAUGUGUACCUGCUGGUGAUCCUGGUCAGCUUCGGCCUGCUCAUGUACGCCAGAAAAAACAAGAGGAAGAUCAUGCGGAUCUUCACUCUGCCUCCCACCGCCGGCAGCACCCCGGAGCCCAACUUCUAUGACAGCCUGCAGAAGGUCCGCCUGCGGCAGCAGCUGGAGAUGUACUCUCUGGCCAGGAAAUUUGACCAGCAGCAGGGCCAGACUGACAGUGUGCAGCUCUCCAUGGAAUGAGAGCAGAAAGGAGCUCAGGCCUUUCUGUCAGAUCAAACGCUCCUGAGCCUUCGACGCCUCAGUGCGUGGAUAGGAAAGGAUUCAGACGGCUUUCAUGAUCACAGAGAGCGCAAAUGAUGCUACUCCCAUCCUGGUUGAUUCUGUUUAGCUCCUCGAAUGAAAAGCAUCUUCAUUCACCUUCUGUUGUCUCUUUUUCGUCCAUUACGCACGGAGUAGGUACAGCUGGAUGGAUGGAGAAGCAGCAGAGACUCUUAACUUGGAUUUGGGAAUGAUAAAUGUGAUGUCACAGAGAUACAUGCAGUAUGACGUGAGAUAAAAACAAAAGUUCAUCAUGAAGAUUUUUUUUGCACAUAGAACCAGAUCCUUUAAAUUUAACAUAGGUGUUAGUUGGUUUCUAUUUUGUUUUUUACUUGUUUAUUAAAUGUUUUGUGUUAGCUGAGUAGUAAAAUAUAAAUUCUCAUAUGUGAAAAUAAAGACACAAACCUGAAGCAGCUGAGUCAGCCAAUGCCUUGGUUAUCAGACCUGAAUUAAUGUCA